AUGGAUUCAUGUCAUCAAAUAUUUGGCUCUAACAAAUAUGAUUUGAAUCGUUUAAGUAAAUUUACAUUAUUUGGAAGUGAUGAUGAAUACGAUUAUGCUCUAACUCUUUGUGAUAUUGUUAAAGCAGAAGCAUGUCAUGGACAUAUUGUUCCGUAUGAAAUGAGUUGUCAAUAUAAUCGUGCCUUUCAAAUGUGGUCUACAAUGGCAUUUCUAGAUGGUAAAUCAACGUUUUCGCCCAAUCUUAAUGCAACCUACACAGAAAAUCCAGAUGGACCAGGAACAGGUGUUUUUAUGACAACAAAUAAUGGUGAUCCAUGUUUUGGUCGUACUCGAUAUAUGUGA